UUGGCUGUGAGCCAGACAUGUAUUCAAUAUCACAAUGAAACUAGGGUAGAUCAAUACAUGUGAUACAUUAUAGCCAAAGUGAUCAUAAUAGGCUCCAUAGAAGGAACACCUGAUAUUUACCGUAUUUCCUUACCCGCCUCUAUGGGAGUAUCCCCUGGUCGACCAAUAAACCCCUACACGGGACAGGUGGGCGGAUAUGCAUACCCAGGGUCUGGCGCUGGAUACCCGGGUCACGUGCCCUUCCGGGUAGUCCCCGGCACAGUGGACACAGGCAACACAGAGACGAACUGUCAGCACUGUCGACCAUCUGCCAUCAAGUGGAACAACUCACAGACAACGCCAUAUAAUUCGUCGGCGGGAACGUGUUACAAUGGGUGUAAUCCCCACCAACAACAGACGUACCAAAACAGUGACAUAUAUGCAACCGGUUAUCAAAACUCCCAGAUACAACCGCACAGCUACACUUAUCAGCAAUUCGGUAACGCAGGCAUCCAUAGCAGCGGGUUUUCCAUGUCUGGAGCAACAGGAUACCCGCCGCCGCUGGCACCAUCUGCGCCAGCCUUUGCCUCGCCGCCCCUGACGUACAUGGAUCAAUCAGGGAGCUACGAUGACGCGCCGCCUCCCUAUCAAGAUCUACCGGAACUGGAGAAAAAAGUAUCCGGAUACAAUAUGUAGAUCGCAGCCCGUAAUGUCAGACUAAGUCGUGGGGUAAAUCAUGUGUGUGUUAAGAUAGUGAUAUUCUUUCUACAAUACUGUUACUUGAAUGUAAAAAGUCGCGAUUGUUGAUUGUUGACCUUUAUUUCAAAUACAAAUACUGACUUUGCAAACAAAGUUCUUCAAAAAAAAGAAUCAUGCAUACAUUUUGAGAUUUGGCUUUAUUUUAGCCGAUAUAAUGAAAGUACAUGUACAAUAUUUCUAUUAAUUUGUUCCGUAAUUAAUAUGUAAUUGUUUAUUAUUGUGUUGUUAUUUACAUUGUUGACUCAUCUUAUAAAUAUAUACUAUAAUUGUC